AUGCAUGGAACAAUACGGCUUUUGGAUGAGCUUGGUCGGGGCGCCUUUGGCAUUGUCUACAAGGCUUUGCUGGAGGAGCCUGGAAUGCCCGGCUACCUUGUCGCCUGUAAGAGCUUGCAUGAAUCUAACGGUGGUGGUGCGAUGCGCGAGCUGCUGGAGGAGGCGGCCGUUACGGCCCAAUUUGAGCACCCCAACGUCGUUCAUCUCAUUGGCGUUGUCUCGGUGGGCAAGCCGCUGCUGGUGCUCCUUGACUUUUACGAGCGCGGCGAUCUGCGGAGCCAUCUGAUGGAAAACGCGGCCAAACUUACCAUGGUGCAGCGCGCCAACUUUGCUUACCAGUGUGCCUCAGGUCUCGAACACGUGCACAGCUUUGGGUUUAUUCACCGUGAUGUUGCCGCUCGCAACGUGCUCCUGUCCAGUGACCUGACGUGCAAAAUCUCCGAUUUUGGUCUUGCACGCGAACAACCGACCAGCGAUGACUCGCAUGAAGCCUAUUACCGCAUGCGAUCUGGCAACCUUCCCGUGCGCUGGUCUGCCCCCGAAGCUUUGGAGGAUCAAAAGUUUUCUCGUGCUUCAGACGUCUGGAGCUUGGGAAUUUUGCUCUAUGAGAUUUAUACUGAUGGCGAGAUGCCAUACAAAGGCUGGAGCAACCAACGUGUGUGGGUUGAGGUGGCUUCGGGCUUUCGCCUGGCGCGCCCGGACCGCUGCCAUCUGCUGGAAGUCGCUUCCGGCUGA